UCAUCGUUCUCGCCCAGAUAUAAGUCAUUUCAAACUCGACAACUCCUAUGCGACACCAACUUGUCGAAUCGAUGUGUCCUUCCCAGAGCUAGAUCAAUUUAACGUCAAUACUGCGUAAGUUGACUUCCAGUUAUAAAUGAUGAAAUUCACCUUAGUAGCGAGCAAUAAUGCAAAUUUUCUCCGGUGAAUGCCUAAGUUACAUAGACUUAAACUCACCCUGCGACAUUUACGCAAUCUCCAGUAUACUGCUCUUAGCAUGGAUAGUCAAUUUAAACAUUUGGUGUAAAAGAUACAGUAAGGGGAAUACCACAUGUUUUUAUGACAUAAAUACGUGUAUUUCCCAUAGAACUUACAGAAUGAAUUGAGGUUGCCGGAGAUGUGUAUAUCUAGAGGUUUAUACAGGAUAUCUGAUACUUGCAUUGGAAGCUUUACCAACAGGACGUUGGUUCUCCUCUGAUGCUUAGUGCCUAUGAGCAAGUAGUCAUAUGACCUACUCAGCGGCUAAACCCCUUAAGAGUGAAAGUUGUUGUGUUUUUUCAGCCAAUUGUUAAGUCAUAAAGAGGAAAAGAGAGAAGAA